UUUCAACAACAAAUCAUCUAGCAUGUUGGCUGUGCUUAGUUUUGGAUGGUUCCUCCUUGGAUUAUGUCUUGGAGAAGUCGAUAUAAUCCUCGACGAUGUUGACUGUACGAACCAGCAUGGGUUCAAGCCAGUUGGAUUUUUGGCCAGUUCAUACAAGGACUGUGUCUUUGUUGUCUGUGACGGUUCCAACCCAGAUCCAGGAAGAGUAAAGUACCCCUGGGGAUGCAAUACAAAAUUCCAGGUAAAUGACCCGUACAAUGAACCCGGUGGUCCUCUGAAAUGGCCUGGUGAUUGUCCGACGGACCUUUCUGUUCGGCAAUGCCUCGCGUACACAACCCAACUAUGCAAACUUGAGGAGAGCACACAAGACAAUGUUGCAUGUGGUCCAACAUUUGCAGAAUUGAAAGGGGAAGGAGGUGGAGAAAGUCAGGACGCUGCAUCUCUAAGCGACGAUUACGUCAUAUUUGGUGACCCGCACAUCUACCAGGGUUUGGUGAAUAUCUCAGGGACUCCCGCAGGGAAGCAAUACAUCAGAUAUAGAGUAGAAGGGACUCCGGAAACUUGGUACACAUUUUGGGAGCAUUACUGGACAGAGACCAUAGUUGACUGUCUAAUCAUAUCUGAUGCGCCAGGUAGCCCAAUGAGGUUUGUUUCAAAACUGAUUGUUCGUACAACUGUUCGUGACAUCAACAUUGAGAUUGUCAACAGGAAUGAACUUAGAGUCACACUUGGAGACUUAUAUGAAUGGGGCUAUGGAGUAGUGAAUAUAGAUGAGUCAUUGGCUCGGGACCAUGUCAACAUUACAGCUCCAGAUGAGUUUAAGAUCUCUGUUCAAGCUGUAGAGAGGCAUCUAAGAAUUCACAUCAAUGCCAUCCAUAUCGUUGAAGACAACAUUGGUGGUAUCCUGGGUGAUUUUGAGAAGAAAGCAAACCGCAUUCAAGCAAGUCCAGAUUAUUCCUCCCAUUCACUUGUGCAUGUUGAUGGUACGCUACACCCAGUGAUUACGCCAAAGUUGAUACACAAGUUCAGAUGUGACGGCAAUGGGAUUGAUUGGAAACAAUGCUGGCAGUUUGAUAACUUGGCAAAUAUUGUUGAUAUUAACAAUUUCAUCAGUAAUGGAGAUCCAACUCCUGAUUAUUAUAGUUAUAACAACAAUUAUUACUAAUGUGUAUGACACAAAGCAAACAAUAAAACACAAUGGGCAAAAUAACCAAAAGCAGUUCUGUGUUUGAUAUAACAAUAUAUAUUCGAAUUGAAGAAAUAUCAAAAUGUUCAUUCUACUUUUACGGAGCAAUGAUACAAAGUAUUAAAUGUUCCAACAUUGUUGCA